AUGGUCACCAAACCCCACUGCAAUCGUGCAUGGACCCCCGAGACCCUCAUGACGUGCCCCGACACACAAAUGCACCCUUCCACACAGGGUAUAGUCCGCAACCACCCACAGAGCCCCCCGCACAACCCAACCACAAGAAAACAAUCCACGUGGGAUGACCACCCGCCCUGCACACCCCCAGCAACACCCACCACACAGAGCUUCCUCCGUCCCUCCACUACCUACAUCCAAAUGUCAGUGAUGUUUUCCCCAGCUUCCUUGUUAAGAGCACUGUGCUGUCUGCUGUUGAUGCCAGAAAAUCCUGUCAGGAUUGGUUCUGCUGAAGCAAAUGAUUUCUUGACCGAACCUCGAUCCAAGAGGAACGUUGAUCCAAAAUGGUAUCGACGUGACCCUGACUUUCAGUCCUACUACCGCCUCUACAACAGCAUAGGACACAUUGAGGGUCUUUAUGAGAUUGAUCGGAUCAGGAUGUUGUAUCAGCAGAUGCGUCACCUGGAGCUGACCAAUGGCCCAGACGCCUCCCACUACCAAAACAGAAUUGGUUUACUAACCAGCACUGAAGAACCACCUACAACAACUCAUCCCCCUGCACCUCCCACCACCCCGACUCCCACACCAGACCAACUUGAGGAGAUCUAUCUGUGCAACCCUAAGGACCCUCUGUGCAAACCUCAUGUUGUCUACCUGCCAACGGGAGCUGUCCCCAUACUGUGUGACCCCAGACUCAACCCCGCCUGCAGGGCUCAGAAAGAAAAGAGGAUUAAAGCUUCUGCUGCACCAAUGCCAGCUCCCCCUGCUCUUGGAAAGGUUUACCCACCUGCCCCUCCACCAGUCGCCAUGAGAGAGAUGGAGAAUGAGUGUGACCCGUACUGGGAUCCAGACUGUCUCAUCGACCAGCCUCCCGGUCCUGUACAGGAAGCUUCAUCACCAACAGCACCAUUAGAAGACAACCUUGAACCAGAUAAAGACACAACAGACGAAGGGACAGUCCAAUUUAUUACAAAUGUAGAUAAAAAGAAUAUCCCUUCUACUUAUUUUGACCCUUAUGAUUUCAAACGUGAUCUUUACGACCCAUUUCGCUAUGCUGAGACAGCUCCCACUCCACAGUAAAGACAACAGGAAACAAUGAUUAACUGGUCGACAACUAGACUGAAACUUGAGGUUACAGUUAGACAUUUUAACAAAUGAUUCCAAAUUUAAAAAACCAUACAGUAUCUGUACAAUGUGAUGGAGUAUGUCAUGAUUCUGUCCUCUGUGGAUUUGAUGAGAUUUUUGUGAGUUUUCAGUUACAGUUGAUUUGUCAUUCUGCAUUUAUUGCUUAUUUGCUUCUUUUCCAUUUUGUGUUCAUUUCUUUACUUCAUUCCUCAUGUAUGUUUCUCUCUGGCAUCUCCUAGUUUUAUGGUAACCUGUUUAUUAUUCCCGGAU